AUGAUGAACAUCUUUCGCAUUCUGGGCGACUUGUCGCAUCUGUUCUCGAUUCUGAUUCUGCUGCACAAGAUGAAGACAUCCAGCAGCGCAUCAGGCAUCUCGUUCAAAUCACAAUUCCUCUAUCUCGUCGUAUACGUUACCCGAUACCUUGACCUCCUUUGGACGGAUCCCUUCAGGAGCUUGUGGAACACUACCUUCAAGCUCGUCUUCAUUGGAACCUCCGCCUAUAUCAUCUACCUGAUGCUCAACGACUACAAGCCCACCCACGAUCCCAACCUCGACACUUUCAGAGUGCAGUACUUGGUCGCAGGAAGUGCCGUCCUGGGCAUCAUAUUCCCCUACAAAUACGAAUUCUCUGAGAUGCUCUGGGCCUUUUCGAUCUGGCUAGAAGCUGUCGCCAUUCUCCCCCAGUUGUUCAUGCUGCAAAGAACAGGCGAGGCAGAGACUAUCACCACGCAUUACCUCUUUGCCCUGGGCGCUUACAGAGCACUCUAUAUCCCCAACUGGAUCUACCGUUAUGCCACAGAGGGCCACUUUGAGCCCAUUUCAGUUGUCGCAGGUCUCGUCCAGACUAUUCUGUACUCCGAUUUCUUCUACAUCUACUACACCAAGGUUUUCCAAGGCAAGAAGUUCAAUUUACCUGUGUAG